AUAAAUACAUGUCUUCAAAAUGUCGGGAUGAUUUAGUAAACUACAAGUCCGAGAUAAUCACCGGGUGUCUGUGCACACGAGUGAAUUCAAUGUUGAAAUUUAAUUGAAAUUGACUGUAGUUCCUCCCUGUAAAUCAAUUAUUGCCAUUUAUUCAAUCACAUUGUCGUGUUGAAUCUCGACUGAAUUUGUGAUUUUGAGGAAAAACAAAGUUAUUUGCAGUCGCGGUACCGCGGUGUAGGGAAUAUAUUCUCAUUGGGAUUUUAGUGAGUUGACGAGUACUCUCGGUGAGCCAUGUGCAAUGACGAUUGUGAAGUUCAAUAGAUAUUUGAUAUGAGAAAUGAUAAGGGAUCGAACGGGUUGAUGGAAUUCCCGGGGUACCUGUGAGCUAGUGGAAGUCAAUGGCCCUCUCCUUCCGAGAAGUUAAAUAUCAUUCUAUGAAUACGAAUCUUCAAGUAUCACGCGAUAAAUCUUGCGACUGAAAUUGCGACAAUUUCAACAUCGAGGCGGAUUGUCGAGGGCCGAGGGGGCUGAGGGUGUCCAUGGUGUCAAGUGCGAGGACCAUCACCGCUGAAAAUGAUGUUCAUUAAAGGGAUUACCUGGAGUGGACCGAGGAUACUGUUGCUGAUAGGUGCGAUAACCCAGGGUAACAGAGCAUCAGCCCAGGACAAUGACGAUAGUGGGUUUGAGUGUAUCGAGGAGGAUUACCAACCCGAUCCAAGAAGUUGCAGUAUUUACUACAGAUGUGUCAAUUGGGGUAACGGAAGCCCCCUGACUAAAUUUAAAUUCGAAUGUGGACCUGGCACUGUCUUCUCCCACGCUAAGGGCGACAUAUGUGUUCAUCCCCGUGAGAGUGAAAGAAGUGAGUGCAGCGAAUUGGCAAAUGAUCUCGCCUCCGUGAGUGACAAUCCCUCGUUGAAUGGAGAAACAGGGCCACCUGCGGCGUAUCCAGAUUAUCCGAGCUAUGGAUCACCAUUACCAGGUACUCCAUCAAGUGGAUUACAAUCGACGACAAGCGGAGCGUUUGAAUCAACAAGCACCAUGAAUCCAUGGCCAACGUCCACUAAUUAUCCAGGAAGUGCUGACGGCGAGAAUAAAGGAGGAACUUUGUGUCAACAGGAGGGCUUUAAACCAGAUGAAAAAAAUUGUCGUAAAUUCAUUAGAUGUGUUAGUAAUGGAUCUGGUGGUUACCAUAAAUACGAAUUUACGUGUGGCGAGGGUACAGUGUGGGAUCCAUCGAUAGAGGCGUGUAAUCACGCGUGGGCGGUGUCUAAUAAUAAUUGCGGUGAAAUGUCUAACGGAGUUUCUAACGUGGGAGGUGGAAGUGAGGGCUCUAAUGAGCAGAGUGGAUAUCCCGGGUCGUCGGGUGAGCAUGGAUAUACGGAAGAGCCGGAGUCUAAUGAAGUGCCGCGUCCACAGGGCGGCUAUCCACAGGGGAAUGACGGGUCGACGGAGCCUGGAGGAGAGGUCUCGGAUUAUCCACACUAUCCUAAUCAGGGAUAUCCGCAACAUCCUCAUACGACUGCCUCUUCUUAUCCACCGCAAAGGCCCCAGGGACCUACCACACUCUAUCCUCCUCCUCCGCGACCAGAUGAGAAACCUAGUCAACCAGGAGACAACUCUCCAGGAUCGCCAUAUCCUCCUUCAUAUCCAGGAGUUCCUGCCACUCAGCCAAACAAUCCUUCUACUUCUGAAUCUCCCGAUUCGUCGGGUCCAACGGAAUCCCCUGAAAAGGGUCCCUCGAGGCCCCCAGGGGGACUGUACCCUCCACCCGCUCCAACUCCUGGAGAAGAGACUGGAACGAUAGGAACAGGUCAACCGAAACCAGACGCUUCAGGAUCUUGCAAAGAAGAGGGAUUCUUCCCCGAUCCCAGUGACUGUAGGAAGUUCUACAGGUGUGUUAAGGCCGAGGGUUCAUAUCAGAAAUACGAAUUCACUUGUGGAGAGGGCACCGCUUGGGAUCAAGCUCUGUCGACUUGCAAUCACGACUAUGCAGUACCGGGAUGCGGCUCGGGUGGCGGAAGUCAUAGACCGGGUGGCCCUGAAUCCGAGACUAUACCGUCGAGUUCAUUGAACGAGGUGACUUCUGAACCGGGGGCCUAUCCACAGGGGACUGAAGGGCCCACUGUGCCUGAGGGAACGGUUUCGGGGUAUCCGCAGAAUCCACCUGAUGCAUCGGGAUCAACUCAGCCGGCUGACUCUGGUGCCCAGAGUCCCGAGGAACCAAGUGGACUCUAUCCUACUCCUCCAUCAGCUGGAUACCCAUCGUCUCGCCCGGAUGAAAAACCUAGUCAACCAGGAGAUAGUUCUCCCGGAUCAUCCCAACCUCCCACCACUCCCCCUGAACGUCCCUCGACUUCUGAACCUUCGGAAUCGCCGGGUACAACAGAAUCGCCUGACGAGGGUUCUUCAAGACCUCCUGGUGGGCUCUCCCCUCCGCCCUCGCAAAAUCCUGAAGAAGUGACGGGAGCAUCCGGAACAGGCAAACCAAAACCGGACGCUUCGGGAUCGUGUAAACAGGAGGGAUUCAUGCCUGAUUCCAGUGACUGCAGAAAGUUCUACAGAUGUGUGAAGGGGGAGGGCUCAUAUCAAAAAUACGAAUUCACUUGUGGCGAGGGCACCGCUUGGGAUCAAGCCCUCUUGACUUGCAAUCACGACUACGCAGUAUCUGGCUGUGGCUCAAGUGGCGGAAGUGAUAGGCCCGGCGGCACUGGUUCCGAUAGUACACCGUCGAGUUCAUCGAACGAGGUGACUUCUGAACCUGAUAGUAAUCAGCAGACCACCUCCAUGGCUGUUGACGUGACUUCCUCAGUGGGUACAACAGAAGAGCCAAGUGGCACGACUGUUGCUAGUCAGUCAAGUUCAAAUCCCAGUACAGAAACAUCUGCGGAGGGUACGACUGAGAAAGCCACUUCUGAAGGACCUACAUCCGAGGCUACAGUUUCGGAAAGUCCAUCGCCUUCGGAAGCUACUCCAUCCCAGACCAGUACGUCCUCCUCAACUACCUCGCCAUCCCCAGCAACUCCGUCAUCUCCAGACGGUUCAUCUACGACUACGAAACCCGGUGACGGGUCCACGGUCUCGCCCCCUGUAAAACCAUCUUCAGGAUCGUGCGAGGCUGAGGGAUUCUUCGCAGAUCCCAGUGACUGCCACAAGUUCUACCAGUGCGUUUCCUUCGAUCAUUCUUCCAAAUCAUUCACUAAAUUCAAGUUCAACUGCGGCCCCGGUACCGCUUGGGAUCAGAAUCUCCAAACAUGUAAUUAUGAGGACCAAGUCGAAAGCUGUGAGGGAUCGGGCGGGAGUAAACCAAGUAGUGAGGGCCCCGAUAAAUCGACGAGUGAAAUCCCACCGUCCACGAGACCAGCAGGAUCGUCAGAAGGAAGCUCACCCUCAUCUGCCGGGACUGAAGAGCCUCCUACCCCAGCAACAACAACUGAUUCUUCCGAAAGUACCAGUCCAUCGUCUGCAGAAACAGAGGAAACUAUCACACCGGUAGCAACCACUGAGACUUCAGAAGCGACAACACCCUCGUCUUCUGAGACCGACGAGACUCCGACGUCAGCGGCGACUACAGAAUCUUCGGAGUCCACAACAACCUCCUCUGAAACUGAAGGAACUACACCACUGGACGCGACAGAGAGCACGCCGGACAUGAGUUCUGAAGCGACAACUUCGUCAGGAGCAACGGAUUCGUCUACGGACGAGCCUACUGAUACCACUACCCCAACCUCAGGGUCUUCUUCCUCGUCUCCUGGUGGUGCGACAUCAAGUUCUCAACCGUCUUCAAGUAAAUUUAAAUGCACCGACGAAGGAUUCUUCCCCAAUCCCUCAGACUGUCACAAGUUCAUUCGAUGUGUAAAAGUUAAUAACGGAUUUAUAAAAUAUGAGUUCGAUUGUGGUCCAGGAACUGCCUGGGAUCAGAACCUCCUGACUUGUAAUUAUGAGGCACAAGUGGAGUCUUGUGAAGCCGGUGGAUCUUCAGGAGGUGGUGCUCCCCCAACUGAUUCGAGUCCAGGAACAACUGAAUCGGGGGUCACAGAAUCAUCAACAACGUCCGGAGAUCAAUCGACCAGUCCUGAAAGCACUGAAGGUACCACUGAUGGAUCGACUGGAGCGGAAUCAACAACUGUGAGUAGUGGAGAGGGUGAAACGACCCCCUCUGGAGGGGAAGAAACGACGACUGAGAGCACUGACCAGACAGCGACUACUGAGGGAACAGGAGCUACUGAGGAAACUGGAGGAACCGAGGUACCAGCGACCACUGACAGCACUCCAGCUGUCCCUCCGGGGUCAAUGGCCGAACCCUGUGCCAUUGGUAAUCUAACUGACCAGCAGAUUGUUCUAGUCUGUCCUACUGGGUUCAGGAGGCAUCCCAAGUUCUGUAACAUGUUCUACCAGUGUACAACUCAAGAGAAUAUGGAAAUCAAGAUAUUAGUGAUGGUCUGCCCGGAGGGCACUAUCUUCGAUGAUGAAAGAGUGCAAUGCCUUGUCGAAGCUGAAACCAUUCAGAAAUGUAUGACUACCGCAAGUUCUUCUAGAUUUUACAGACAAUUGGACGAUAGUCUCAUCUCACCAGUACGAGUAACGAGAAGUACCCUCUGUCCCGACGAAGGCCAUUAUCCAUACCAGGAGGGCUGUAGCAAUGCAUUCUACAAGUGUAAGAGAAAUUCCAGGAAUUCUCUCGACGGAUACCUGUACAAAUGUCCAAAAGACUUUGUCUACUGGUCAGUAUCCAGACGAUGUGAGAGGGCAAGUCGACUACCAAUGUGUUCCCAACUUACGGACGAAAAUAAUGAGAGAAGAGAUGCCUGGGAAAGCAGGUCGAAUUUGCCAAUUGAGGAAUUCAACUUAUCAGCGAGAAGUCUCAAGAUUUAAUGAGCCACUGCGCAACCAGCUUCACUUGUCAUUUAUUUUUAUUGUCUGCAUUAGUUUAAGUUGAUAAUUUGAAUCUCCGUACGAUUUUACUGGAGUCUGCAAUUAACUCGAGUUUUAUUUUUUCGGAAAAAAAAAUCGUACGUGACAUUCGGGAUUUUAGUUUGGUUGUGGGGAGUCGUUUAAUUAAUUUCUAUAGCUGUGUUCAUUCGUAUCAUCGCUAUGCGAUGGCUGAUUUUAAAUUAGUAGCGUAAAAGAGACGAUUAAACAUUCGUU